AAAAYUGCUGUUGUCUUCCUUGAGUUAAAUAUAUUUUUAAUAGGAAUGUGAAAUGGGAAUAGGAAGAUAAGCCUACUGUAUAAAAAACGGAAUAGUUCACAUUAAAAUAGGUGCAUUUAGCGAUAAUUCUAAAAGUCUUAUGAUAAUGAGAGUUUUAUAUUGUUUUAAGCAUUAACUAUUAGCUUUAGUUUAUCCUCAAAAACCUAUUUAAGUGUGCUGUAAGAAAUAGGGCUUAAYUUUGUCAAAUAAAUUAACUACUUCAAUGGCAAGGUGUCUUUUCUGUUGAAAAUAAAAUAAUAUUCUGGAGAAUUGUAUGGCCUCAUUGCUGUAGAAGUGUCUCUUUCACAGUUUUCUAUUUGCAUCAUCUUGGCAGGAAAUGCAUGUUCAGUGAUUGUCAUAUUUUUUCUUCUUCAUUUGAAUGAACUGCUAGGGUUGAGCAAUGGACCAUGCACGAACAUUUUACCACACAUUUAUUUAGUCGUUUUCAUGGUUAUUUUCAUUAACAUUUUUGAAUUUAUAUACAUAUUGCAUUGAGUAUGCCCUACUUUAAUGGCUUAUUGCUUGAAAAGUCACUAAUUCCAUGGAAAUAUGCCAAAUUAAAUUAGUAUUAUUUUGCAUAUAAUAACCGAUUUAGAGCUUUCUGAGGUAAAUGUUAACUUUUGCAGUAAUGGGUUGAUUGGCACACAGCCUCUUUUGUGUUUUAUUUCCACAGAGAAUCAUUGAAGAUGAACACAGAGGAAAAACAAGAGCUCAAGUCAUCAAAAGAUGAAACGAUGGACGUUAGCAGCGCUGUGACAGAUGAGAGGCCACAGGCAGAGGAGGAGGAGAGAGGAGAAGAGGCAGGGGAGAGGCAGGGAGAGGAAGAGGAGGCCCCAGAGAAGACCUCAGAGAGUGGAAUGGAGUGCUCAGAGGGAAUGACAGAUGRGGUUCCCGUGAAAACUGAGAGUGAAGAGUAUGACGGCAAUGACGAUCAGUACCCCAAGAGUGAAGAAGAAGGUGAACGAGACAAUUACCUUUAUGAAGAAGAGGAAGAGGAGGAGAAGGAAAGGGAUGAGGAUGACGAAGGAGAAGAAGAGGGGGAAGGGGAGGAAGAGGGACAAGCCCUUAACGAACCACAGGACCUGUCUCUGGCAGAUUAUGUAAAGUAUGAGAGCACAGGCCCGCAGGACGCCCACACCGACUCCUCGUUGUACACAGCAGAACCCCGCAGCCAGGCAGCAGGCAAGCUCAACUGUGACAUCUGUGGCCUGUCCUGCGUCAGCAUCAAUGUGCUGCUCGUGCACAAGCGAAGCCACACCGGUGAACGUCCGUUCCACUGCAGCCAGUGUGGUGCCUCCUUCACCCAGAAGGGAAACCUGCUUCGCCACAUCAAACUGCACUCCGGGGAUAAGCCCUUCAAGUGCCCUAUGUGCAGCUACGCCUGCCGCAGACGAGACGCCCUCAGCGGACACCUGCGCACUCACUCAAUAGAGAAGCCCUACAAGUGCAACCACUGCGGUCGCAGUUACAAGCAGCGCAGCUCCCUUGAAGAGCACCGAGAGAGGUGCCAUGUGUACAUCCAGAACAAAGGCAACGCUGAGAGAGGUGAGAGGCCCUGGAACACUCCUACCCUCUUUUACACACACACAUUUCAGACACACACAUACACACUUACACAAACCCGUGAGAACCCACGUGUCCAGGAUACUCACAUGGGCACGGAGCGCGCUCUGCUCCUGGACAGGUUGGCGAGCAACGUCGCAAACGCAAGAGCUCUAUGCCACAGAAGUUCACUUGGGGACAACGGCGUGUGUCUGGACCUGAGCUUCAACAGGGAGCUGAUCCACCGCUCUGACGUCAUGGACCUUCCCCUCACCUCCCCAGGAUCCGAGAACCAGCACAUCCACCAGCCCCUCUACACAGGCCAGGACCCUGACUCUGCCUCCCCCCACAGGGCCUACCCCAUCCCCCUGAGUCGCGCUGACAUGAGUCCCCUGGCCCUCACCAAUGGUCACAAGCUGGAGCAGCAGCAGAGCACUGGUCUCGCCUACCUGCCCCGGCCCAGCCAGGGCCACCCUAGCAUGGACUCACUCCACGCCGAUCGGGCCCAGCUCUCCCAGCCUCUCAUCUACAGCCUGGGGCACCUGCUGGGGCCCAGUCCCCACAACAGCCUCCCACACCCCCAUACCCAGGCUCACGCACUCCCAAUGCCCCCCCUAGAGGCUCUGAGGGUGGUAAGGAGCGAGGGGGAGGUAGGGGUUGGGGUAGGUACAGGAGCAGGGGCGGUGUACCCCUGUGGUCAUUGCAGGGUGUGGUUUCUGGACUACGUCAUGUUCACCAUCCACAUGGGCUGCCACGGCUUCCGUGACCCACUGGAGUGCAAUGUAUGUGGCCACCGUAGCCGGGACCGCUACGAGUUCUCCUCACACAUUGCGCGCGGCGAGCACCGCCUGGAGUUGAAGUAGUAUAGACACAUUUGCACGUGAACACACACACACACACACACACAUACACCCAUACAUAUAGUCAGACUCCUAAACGGAAUAAUGCAUACACAUUUAUACACUUACACACAUGAAUUGUGUACAUACAUUACAUACACACAAAAAUGAUCUCAGGGACUUUCCUUUUUGUUUUUAAUUAGCACCAGUAUUACCACACACACACACACACACACACAAAGAAAUGUAGCAUUUCAGUAAAGUAGCAUUUAAAAUGUUUUAUCAUACCUUGACUCAAGUGCCAACAUUUAUUUAUGACAAGUGCCAAAGUGCCAAAAGUAUAAGACAAGUGCCAAAGUGCCAAAAGUAUAAGACAAGUGCCAAAAGUAUAAGACAAG